AUGGAAGCAAGCAUUGAUUUUGGUGACACGUUUCGCAAAAUAUUGAAAGAAAUUAAGGAGGAGGCUGAUUAUAAAACAAUAUUUGUGCAACGCCGUCACAUUGAGGACUGUGUGGAUCCCAGCAUCUUGCAACAUUUCAACGCACCUACCGUUAUUUGGGAUGAAACCCACUACGGUGACAUACUUUACGAUUACGGUACACAUCUCUUAGUUAUACUCUGCUUGAAGACCGUUGAUGAUGGGGACAUGAUGCACCAAUUGGCUGAGAGCAUACACUACAUGCGCACCGCCCGCAUCUUGUGUAUCGUGAAUGAAUCUUUGUUGCUGUUGGACGAGUUGAAAAUUUCAAAAUUUUUCGAAAUGUGCGCUCAGUUAGAAAUGAUAAAUAUUUUAGUUUUACAUCGAGACUCAUUUAUUUUCGAAAAAUACCACAGUUACAAGAGAUUCCCGAACUUCGCGCUGGAGACUCAUGAUAUCAGUAGAAAUGAAGGUGGGCGUAAAUGGUAUCCAGAUCGUUUGAAAGACUUCGUCGGUGCUAAUUUAACGGCAAUACCAAAUUUUAACACUCAUCGUGUUUUUAUUGAGAAGGCCGUUGAUGGCAAUGUCGAUGGAAAUGUCGAGUUAUGUGGUAGUCUUGCCAGGUUCGCACAAACAUUUUGUGAGUUUAUUAACGCCUCCUUGCUUUACACGGGCGGUGAACUAUACGACUAUUUCAAGAUAAUUGACGCUAUGGAAAUGGGUCAUAUAGAUAUUGGGCUUGACUUCGACAGGUGUGCUUAUAGAGGCCAAUCACGCGUACUAGAGAUUUCCAGAAUGUCCGUCGUUGUUCCGUUGAAUGUGGUGCCACCAUUAUCGGCACUCUCUAGCGUUUUCCUCAACAGAUACACCUUAUUGCCGUUUGCUUUGCAAACUGUGGUGUUACCAUUUGUCAUAUCGAAAUUUUUGCAAUGGAUCAAUGGCAGAUGGCAACCGAUCGGUAUUUGGCGUGCCGUGGCGUUUAUUGGCGACACUGGAUUACGCAGUUUUCUCGGACAAUCGCUGAAUUUGCCACACCAACAGACAAUUCGAAUCCGAUUUCUCUUCGGUUUGUUAUUAUUCGGUGGGAUGAUAAUACAAACUUUUUUUGCAGCCAAUUACGCACGACUCCAGACAUUCCCUCCUUUACGACCCAAAGUUGUGGACUACGAGGACGCGAUGAGAAAGGGUUUUAAAAUUUACACCCACAGUGAAGAAAUGAUUGAUUUUCUGGCCAUCGAUGUCAUAAAACAAAAGUACAAAUCUCUAUUCUUUGAAGAUCUUGACAAAUUUCAAAAACCUAUGAAAUUGCUGACAGAUGCCGGAUAUUUGGUUGAUCGAAUAUCUCACGAAAUAUUUGAUCAAGGCAGCUUAAAAAUGGUUUUUAACGAGAAUUUGGACAUCACCGAUAUGAUAUUGCUUUCAUAUAUGGUUAGAAAUGGCUCAGCACUCAAGCAGCCAAUAGACGACUUUACAGAUAUCGUGCAGGAGAGCGGUCUGUACAAAUAUUGGGAACGAAAUCCCUGCAAACGGCGACGAAUAACAGCCUCACAUGGUACAUAUGAAGAUCCAUCCGCAGUUCAACUAACGGUAUCGGAUCUACAUGGAGUUUGGUUGGUCUAUGUUGGCGGCCAUAUUAUAUGUGUAUUUGUAUUUUUAUGUGAAUUGUUUGGCAGACGCUUUUUGGCAUUAUUCCGCUCGCAGCAUUGA